AUGGACCGUGUGAUGAGCGCGGAGACUACAACAUUCGCCAAGGCCGCGAUCCCCAUCCCGGAACCGGGGAUGGUCACCCGCAUCAAUGUCGUCGAGGUCUUUGUGGGCGACAUCAACCCCGCGCAAGCUGUCGGCAAAGCCAGCGAUGAUCCCCAGUCCUUGGCAUUUGCCGAGCGCUCCGGUAAAAGCCCGAGAAAUGACGCUGUCAACUCCAUUCUUGGCGUUCAUCGCUUUCUAAUCGUCCGGCAAAAGUCCGUUGUUGCGGGGCUCCACAAGGCUCCAAUUUCCCUCGACCCCACGCUAUGUUUCAUGUCUUUCGUAUUUUCAUCAUCUCAGCUUCCCGGGCUCUUCAUCACCGGUGGUGGUAAGAUACUGUCGUCCAGCGCAGUGGGAGGUAGCAAUCCAAGAGUGGAAUAUGAGCUCACCUCGUUCGACGAUUGCGACGAGUUCCUCGUCUUUUGA